AAACAAAUGUUGACGCGGCACUUCCACCAGUUGCUGCAGCCAAACAAAUUGUCAUCAUAAUCCCUAGAUUACAAGUUUGCCAAUCUAGCUGCCCACACAAAAAAUUUCAAGCUACGAAGUGAAAUCCAUCUGAGAAAAAUAGAAGUUGCAGUUAAUAUAUCAUAAAUUAUUGAUGGAAGUUGUAGAAGUAUUUGUAUGGGUGACUACUAUAUCUACAUUUCUUGUACAGCUAAUGGGAAUAGAUAUUUGUUUAAAGAUAUAUAAGAAAGGUUCAACAGGGGAUAUUUCAGCAUUUCCAUUUAUAGCUAACUUUACAGCAGCCAGUUUAUGGUUACGAUAUGGUAUUCUUCAAAGUCUGGGGAUGUUGAUUUUGACCAACACUUUUGGUGUUCUUCUUAAUUUUGUUUACUUGAUGUUAUUUUAUUAUUUCACAUCUAAAAAGAUUCAUUUUAUUAGGACAAUAUUUAUAAAUAUGACAUUCAUAUUUUCUGUCCUGUAUUAUGUAAAAUAUCAACAAAUAGAGAUUAAACAAGCAGCCAGCCAUCUUGGUAAAGUGUGUGCCUUAUUAUCUAUAUUAGCUUAUGGAGCACCAUUAGCAUCUUUAAAAGUAGUGAUGCAUACAAAGACAACAGAGUGUUUAUCAUUUCCAUAUAUCUUCAUGAAUUUUGUGGUAGCAUUAGAAUGGGUGAUAUACGGACGCAUAUUAAAUGAUAUUUAUGUUCAGCUUCCAAAUUUUUUAGGUUUUUGUUUAGCAGUGAUACAACUUGCAUUAUUUUGCAAAUAUCCAUCAAAGAGUACAUCAUUAGAUAGGACAAUUACAGUGACAGCAUAGUUAUUGUUUACAGUGAAAUCAUAUUGUAUUUAUAUUGAUAUUGUAAUAUAGACAUGUUUACAGUGAAAUCAUUUUGUAUUCUAACAUUGACAUGUUUAAGAGUAUAAACUUCCUUAAGGUAGUAUGGGAGUAUAAAAGGAACAGUAAAAUAAAAUUAUACUAUGCAAGAAUGUAGUUACUAUCCAGAUUUAUUAAAUUUCAA